AUGUUGGUUCAUUCAUUUCCUACUACGUAUAUAUUCAUUGUUAUCCUUUCAUUAACAUGCGGAUCGCUCUCAUCUGUUCCGAUACGAACAGAGCAAUCUAACGAAAAUUUCGUUCAAAAUCAAGACGAAUUUAUUCCUACGAACGAAUGGCAAAUCGUGAAAGAAGGUCAAGCAAUUCCACCCGGUCUGCAUGUUCGGUUAAAUUUACAAACAGGUCUCCGGGAAGCGAAACUACUCGAUAAGAACGAAGAGCAAAAAGAAUCUGCAAACGAUCUCGUACCUGUAUCAAAUGAUGACGCCCAAGAGCAAGAACGUAUUAGUAGAGAAAAUCUCGAACGAGCAUUCGCUAAUCUUGAUUUAAGCAAAGACGAUGUAACCACUGAUGAAAAACAUGAAGAAGAAGUUAAAGCAAAAUACCGUCCAUAUGAUGAACUAAAGAAAGAUUUCGAACAGAUGAAUAUGAAAGUUCAAACUGAUCACGAACUUCUCACUGAUCUUCUAAAACAAUUGAACGCAACGAACAAUAAUGAAAACCGGAAAACAAUUUUAACUGAUUUAGAAUUUUAUCUUCAUCAAUAUGAUAACGCCAUUUUAUUUUCCGAUAUGCACGGACUUGAAUUAUUGAUUCAGCUAUUAAAUUCAACGAAUGUCAAUAAUGAUGUACGUCAUUUAACUUGUUUGACACUAGGCGCCGCUUUCCAAGGCAAUCCGAAAGUUCAAUUGAAAGCAUUAAACCUUGGUUUUGUUCCAUAUUUGCUACGUUUAUUGAACAUUGAAGUCGAUGAUAAUAUCCGAUUCCGGCUUAUGUUUACUCUAUCAACCCUGUUGAGAAAUUUUCCGCAAGCACAGAGAAGUUUUCUCGAACACGGUGGAAUCGAAACGAUCGUUACACUGAUUGAUCAAACAGAACCAAACAAUAAGAUACAACUCAGAGCAAUUGAAUUGAUGAAUGAUUUAAUAGUCGAAAAGGAUCAAGAGACUGCGGACAAAAGAAAUGUUUAUGAUAGCAUCGAUAUCCGUGAUCGGUUGGUGAAAUACGAUUGGUGUGCAAAGGUAUCGCAUCGUUUAACUUCAAACGAUAUGCACAAUUUUGACCAGAUUGAAAGGCUACUAACAGCAAUGAUAUCUUUCACAGAUGUGUGUCGAACGAAUUUUAUGUCUUUACUUCCAAUGUUGGAGAAACUAAACGACGUUUAUACCAAAGCGAAUCCAAACGAAGUUUCAACAUUCACUGAUCUCUUAACUAAUCUUCGUGCACAAUUGAAACAGACUUCGUCGAACGAUCUAUAG